GCCUGCUCUUCUUCAGCCUUUGCCUCGCUGAGCCGCCGCUGGAACAGUGUCCCCGCUAAGCCGGGGAGGGGUAGACCGCAGGCGCGAUGUAUGGCUUCGUCAAUCACGCCCUGGAGCUGCUGGUGAUUCGGAAUUAUGGCCCUGAAGUCUGGGAAGACAUCAAGAGAGAGGCACAACUGGAUGAAGAAGGGCAGUUUCUGGUCAGAAUUAUUUAUGAUGAUUCCAAAACGUAUGAUUUAGUGGCUGCAGCAAGCAAAGUCCUCAACCUUAAUGCUGGAGAAAUCCUUCAAAUGUUUGGGAAGAUGUUUUUUGUGUUUUGCCAAGAAUCUGGUUAUGACACCAUCUUGCGUGUGUUGGGAUCCAAUGUUAGAGAGUUUUUACAAAAUCUUGAUGCUCUACAUGACCAUCUUGCUACAAUAUACCCAGGUAUGCGUGCUCCUUCCUUUAGAUGCACAGAUGCAGAAAAGGGGAAGGGCCUCAUUCUGCAUUACUAUUCAGAGAGGGAAGGGCUCCAAGAUAUUGUCAUUGGAAUCAUCAAAACAGUUGCUCAACAAAUUCAUGGCACAGAAAUAGAUAUGAAGGUGAUUCAACAAAGAAAUGAAGAGUGUGACCAUAUUCAAUUUUUAAUUGAAGAAAAAGAAUCUAAAGAAGAAGAUUUUUAUGAAGACCUUGACAGAUUUGAAGAGAAUGGUACUCAAGAGUCUCGCAUCAGUCCAUACACAUUUUGCAAGGCUUUUCCUUUCCACAUUAUAUUUGAUAGAGACCUCGUUGUCACUCAGUGUGGAAAUGCAAUAUAUAGAGUCCUUCCCCAGCUCCAGCCAGGGUAUUGUAAUCUAUUAUCUGUAUUUUCAUUGGUUCGGCCUCAUAUUGAUAUUAGUUUCCAUGGAAUCCUUUCUCAUAUCAACACAGUCUUUGUGUUAAGGAGUAAGGAAGGACUCUUGGAUGUGGAAAAAUUGGAAUGUGAAGAUGAAUUAACUGGUACAGAAAUUAGUUGUUUACGCCUGAAAGGUCAAAUGAUCUACUUACCUGAAGCGGAUAGUAUUCUCUUUCUUUGUUCUCCAAGUGUGAUGAAUUUGGAUGACUUAACUAGAAGAGGGCUGUACCUAAGUGACAUUCCGUUGCAUGAUGCUACCCGUGAUUUGGUUCUUUUGGGAGAGCAAUUCCGAGAGGAAUACAAACUGACCCAAGAACUGGAAAUAUUAACGGAUAGGCUCCAACACACUUUAAGAGCUUUGGAAGAUGAAAAGAAAAAGACAGAUACGUUAUUGUAUUCUGUGCUUCCUCCAUCUGUGGCCAAUGAGCUGAGACACAAGCGUCCCGUGCCAGCAAAACGUUAUGAUAACGUGACCAUAUUGUUUAGCGGCAUUGUGGGUUUCAACGCCUUCUGCAGUAAACAUGCCUCUGGGGAAGGAGCCAUGAAAAUUGUCAAUCUUUUAAAUGAUCUUUACACAAGAUUUGAUAUUUUGACGGAUUCACGAAGAAACCCAUUUGUUUAUAAGGUUGAGACAGUUGGAGACAAAUAUAUGACAGUAAGUGGCUUGCCAGAGCCAUGCAUUCAUCACGCACGUUCUAUCUGUCACUUAGCAUUGGAUAUGAUGGAAAUAGCUGGACAAGUUCAAGUUGAUGGAGAAUCUGUUCAGAUAACAAUAGGCAUUCACACUGGAGAAGUAGUCACAGGUGUCAUUGGCCAAAGGAUGCCCCGUUAUUGUCUUUUUGGGAAUACUGUGAAUCUCACAAGCAGAACAGAAACAACAGGGGAAAAAGGAAAGAUCAAUGUCUCUGAAUAUACUUAUAGAUGCCUAAUGACUCCAGAGAAUUCAGAUCCACAGUUCCAUCUAGAACACAGAGGUCCAGUUUCCAUGAAGGGUAAAAAGGAGCCAAUGCAAGUUUGGUUUUUGUCAAGAAAGGGCACAGAGACAGAGGAAAUAACACAUGAUGCUAACUGAGCCAGGUGAAACGCAAGAGAAGAACAGAGGGGAACCCUGUCCUGCCAUUUAUCUAGUCUGGUAGUGAUUAGAUAUGACUACUAUUGCUACAAUUCUGUCUCCAGUUCCUGUCAUGACCAGUAAUACUUUCAUCAAGCCUUCCUGCUUUUGCUGCUUUUUGUUUAAUUUGCUUUUGAUAUAGUAUUUCUGCUGUGGGUAUGUGUACUUCAAGAUCUUUUGUCUUCCUUUCAUAGUUAUGCACAUAAAUAAUCCACGUGAAUGCUUGCUAAUCAUAAAAUAACUAAUAUUUCACAGAUGUGCUUUUCAUCUCCAUCUUUAGUGACUAAUCACCAUGAUCUUUAUGGUUGCAUACUCAAAACUGUUUCUGCAAGAAAAUAAAUUCUAAUUGAUAGCAAGAAUCAUAAACCCAGAGAACUUACAAAUUUUAUUUGACAAUUUGCAGUAUACUAAUCCGUUUUCUGUCCAAUCUGCUAUUGUGAUAUAUUGCAGUUAUUCUAGUAGACAGCUUCACUGCACUGUUAGUUAGCCUUUUACUAUACAUUUGCUGUCAUCUGAUGCAGCAUAUGCAUUUUCUACAUGGAAGAAAUCUAGGUUGUUUAAUGUUAGGUUUAUGGAAAUAUAUUCCAAUUUCUACUCUAAAGCUGAUCAUAUUAUGCAUAAUAUGUUGUCACACCUUUUAUGUAUAUUAUUGGUUUAAAUACUGCAUAUGUUUUAAGUUAGGGAUGGAUGGAGUUUCAUAGAAAAAUUUAGAUGCCCUAUUUUAAGUGCCAGAAUUAUGGCAAAUUUUUUGUCCCUGAUCUGAUUUAUUUAGGAAGCACAGUUCUAUCAAUAUUCAUAUCUGUCCAGUAUAUAUGGAAAGGGGCCAUUGUACAAAUUAAAAAGCAGCAAGGGGAUCUCAUUCCUUUGAAAACAGGUAUCCAAGGAAAAUUAAAGUAGAUAGAUGUUGAAGUAAAUUGUAUAAUUGCCAGCACACUUUGAUCUGUAAACAUUGAUAACUUUCAAAACACAUUAGGAUUUUUAAAAAUCUGGUCCUUUAUUAUGUAGCCUUUCCAGAAGUCCUGCCCUUUUGGAUAACAUCACUUGUGACAGAGCACUGAAAGUGAUCACGUUGCCAUGGUACAGGUUUCUAAACUUGGGAGCAUUUCAUAUAUUCUCCUUCCAAGCUUAUAGUGGCAAGAACAAGAAAAACCUGGUGUAUAAUUCUGUUUAAGAUUGCAUCUGGGUGGAAUCCCCAAAUUAAUGAUGGUGCAGUUCUGCAAAACAAUAUCUUUUCUACUGUUUCUCCGUAACUAAAACAUUUCACAUGUCAGUAGUCAUCAAACAAAACCUUUAAAUUACCUUCAUUUUAUUGCUUGAAAAAUAACAAAAAAUAUUUUAUCUUUAUAUAUGGGUGAAUCAGAUUCAUCAGUGUGUUCAUAUAUAUUCCUGUGCAAACCUAAUGAUUAUGUAAACAGCACUUGUAUUUCUAUGAAGUUCUGAUUAUUUAUCCAUAUUCCAAAUGUGUCAGAACUAAUGAAUUUAGUUUAGCUAUAUUGUAGGAAUCUCACUUUAAAUUAAUUUGUUAUUUAAAUCUGUAAUAGAUAUAAAUAAAUAAAUCAUGAUGGCAAGGCCAGAGGAUGCGGUAGAGUGGAGUAGCUCUGUCAUGCAGGAGACUGAUGGUUUCCAGAUGUUUUGGAUGUGAGACUCUGUUUAUGAAGCUGGGUUCUAGGGAUCAGUUGGGAUUGUUAUUACUGUACUAGCCCCCCUGCCUGAGCUGUGUGACAGCUUCCCAUGGCAGGAUUUGCAGUGCAGUUUCCCAGACUCAUGUACUGGGAAACUUCCAUCUGCAUUUGCUCCGUGUGGAAUCUGAAAUGGCUAAAAAGCAACUCAAAAGUUCAUGGCCACCAUGACUACCAUGAGCCUGGCCUAUGUCAUCAAGGAGCCAAUAUGUACUGAUGGUCACAUACUGGAGCUGGCUUUUGUGGUCAGAACAUUUUUUGAGCUUUCUGUUUUAGGGACCUUAUUGGUCACUACUCCUGCUCUCUGGAAUAGCAUUCCUCCUGAGGUCCACUUAGCCCCGACCCUGUUGACUUUCAGGAAAACAUCAAAAACCUGGCUUUUCCAGCAGGCCCUGGAUCAUGGCAAUUGGUGAACUGCUUGAAUGGCUGCUAUUUAAAUAUUUGUAUAUUCUCCAAUGUACUGUUAUUGUUGUAUUUGAUCUUAUAUUGUUUUGUUUAAUAAUGCUUUUAAUCCAUUGUACACUGCCUUGAGUCA